AUGGCAAUGUCAAAAGAGUUAGUGAUCAGUAGUACUUAUUUUCCCCGAAAGAAUAUACACAAACACACAUGGGUAUCCCCAAAUGGAUUAACUAAAAACCAAAUAGAUCAUGCUAUGAUCAGUAAAAAACAUAUGAGCUGCAUAAGUAACGUGAGAAGUUAUAGAGGUGCAGAUGCGGAUACCGACCACUAUCUGAUUAUAGCCCAUUUCAGGAUAAGGCUAUCAUCGAAAUGGAAACGAUCAUCAAAAACGAACAACUCGAAAUUCAAUGUUGAAAUACUUAGAGACCAAGAAAUAGCAAAACAGUAUGAAAAACUAGUACAGAAGGAGAUAGGAAAAAACAGUGGGAAGAAUUCGACUGAGGAUAUUGAAAACCAAUGGAACCGAACAAAACAAAUCAUAACAGACUGCGCUUCAGUGCAUAUUAGUAAUAUACACGAAUGGGUUGAAGAUGGUGAAUUAGUAAAAUGUGAACAUGCACCACUAUCAAACGAUGAACAACGCAAUAAACUUUGGAUAAAUCAAAAUAGUGAAUCUCAUGAUGCUCUAAAAAAAAUAAUCACAGCUAAAGAUUUUAUAAAAGACUUGGCACAUGCUAAACAUUUUAUUCAUACAGGGUCUUUCCAAUCAGAGAAUGACGUAGACAAUAUGGAUUGUACCAUUGAAAAUAAUAUAUGUGAUGAACCUGAACCAACUUCAAGUUCAAAUAACAGCAAUGCGUUGGACUCUUAG